AUGGGGGUAGCUGCGUUUAGUGUAGAAACGUUGGUUAUUUGUACAUGUCUGUGACAUGUUGGAAAUAAAAAGCCGCUCAUGACAUCUGUCUAAUCUUUUUGCUGCGAGUCAAAGUGUUGAGGAUAUCAAGAUGGAGUCGAGAAUCAAGGAGAGGCCAGAAUCUGCUUUUGAGGUCUUUAUGGAGGUAGUCCAUCCAGGCACAUCUAGCUCAGAGCCUGAUAUCCGAAGGAAAUUCCCAGAAGACUUCAACGACGAGGAAACCAUCCAGACUGUGCCCAAGUUCUGCUUUCCGUUCUGCUUGGAUAGUGUCACAGUCAACCAGAUGGACCAGAAUUUCACAUUUGUGUUGACUGACAUCAACAGUAAACACAGAUUUGGAUUUUGUCGCCUCUCCUCAAGCGCACACACCUGCUAUUGCGUCCUGAGCUACCUGCCUUGGUUUGAUGUAUUUUAUAAACUGCUGAGUAUCAUCGCAGAUUACACUGUAAAUGGCCAGGAUAUUCAUUUCCAAGAGCUCCUGGUGUCCCUACAUAGGCUUCCCAUUCCUGAGCCUGGUGUCCCUGUUCAUCUUGCUAUGCAUUUCUACUUCACUGUACCUGACUUAAAAGAACUUCCCAGGAUACCAGAAAAUAGAAAUCUUACAGAGUACUCUGUAGCAGUAGAUGUCAAUAACAUGCUUCAUCUCUACGCUAGUAUGCUUUAUGAACGUCGAAUUCUCAUCUGCUGUAGCACACUAAGCACUUUAACAGCUUGUGUCCAUGGGUCUGCUGCCAUCUUAUAUCCAAUGCACUGGCAACAUGUUUACAUUCCAGUCCUGCCUCAACAUCUAUUAGACUACUGCUGUGCCCCAAUGCCGUACCUCAUUGGAGUGCAUUCCAGCCUAAUGGAGAAAGUUCGGAGACUGGCUAUGGAGGAUGUGGUGGUACUGAAUGUAGACACAAACACGCUUGAAACCCCCUUUAAUGACCUCCAAAGUCUACCCCAGGAUGUGGUCUCGUCUCUGAAAAGUCGUUUGAAGAAGUUUUCAACAACUCCAGGAGACGGCAUGGCUCGAGCUUUCCUCAAGAGUCAGGCAUCUUUGUUUGGCAGCUACAGAAAUGCUCUGCAGAUUGAGUCGGGUGAGCCUAUAACAUUCAGUGAAGAAGCCUUUGUAAAUCAUCGAUUGAGUGCCAUGAGAGAGUUCCUUCAGAAUGCCAUCCAUCUGCAACUUUUCAAACAGUUCAUUGAUGGCCGUUUGGACCGAUUAAACUCUGGAGAAGGUUUUAGUGACAUCUUCGAGGAGGAGAUCAACAAAGGCGAAUAUGCGGGAAGUGACAAAUCGUACCAUCAGUGGCUAAACACUGUGAAGAAAGGAAGCGGGGCUAUCUUGAACUCUGUGAAGACCAAGGCAAACCCAGCCAUGAAGACUGUUUACAAAUUUGCUAAGGACCAUGCCAAAAUGGGUAUCAAGGAAGUCAAGAGUCGGCUAAAGGCGAAGGAGCACGCAGAUAUCGGACCAGGAAUGGUUAUUGGUAACAAUGACAAGAAUGAGGGAGCACCACCGACAUGGGAUGAGCAUAGAGUCAAUUGGCAUUUCGGACUGACACAGCCACCCAUGCUUUUGAAGAGACAUACCAGUAACGACAGUCUGGAAAGUUCGGAUGACCAGUCGCAGCCGUACCACUCACUCAGAGAGGUGGAGUGGAUGGAAGAACGGGAUUGUCAGACGGCCCCUCCCAGCCCACUGAAGGAGAACCUCUCCAACGUCAGCUUACUGGCCAAUAUCUUCAGCUGCCUGGACGAGCCUGAGAACCCAGCAUUUCCUCUGGCUAAAAGUCUUGAGGACCUGAGGAUUCUGCAAGACUCUGAAGCAGUGCAAGCCAAGUUCACGUGUGAGCGAAAGGAGCUGAGUUUCAGUGAAUACUCGCAAAUGUUUCCAGGCCUGAGGCCGUCCAACCCUUAUAACAAGCUGCUGAGUCCCGGGCAGGAUCAAGCAGAUUUUUCCCCUUGCGAGCCUCCUUCCUGCCAAAGACCUCCAUCUGCCCAACUACCCAGCCAGAACAAAUACCACAGCAGUAAGAAUUCAGACUCCUGUAGCCAAGACAUCAUCACCAUACCUCGUCCUCACGCCAGGAAUAGAGCUGAUCUGGGACCCGUGCGAGCACCGCCUGUUGGCCAGUCGCAGUGUACACAAUUAGAUGAUGAAAUGACAAAAACAGGCGGGCAGGAAUUUAGGAAAGCCCUAACAAAGACCUCAGAUGAAGUCCAAAUGAAGUCUGUGAAGGCUGCCCAGGAUGGUAUGGAUUUGAUAAGCCUUCUGGACCCUCUUAACGACUCAGCAUGCAGUAGUUUUGUGUCAGCGAGGGGUGACGGGCAUAUUGAGGUGUUUUCUUGCAAAGCAACACCUUUCCCACAGGGCCUGCCUCCUUUUCAACCACUUCAUGACAUAUCACCCAAUCUCUUUACCCAAUCUGUCUGGCACACCCUCCCUCAGAGUAAAACACCGGAACCGCCCCAGCCACAGCCUUUUCCCGCCCUCUCGGGGGUCUACAGACAAGCUGGCAGUGCCACCCUUCUACCCAGAUACCCCACGGGUUGCCCUUCCUCAUACACAUCCUUGCCUCACUCGUCUACCGCGAAUUACGCUCUUUCGAGCCUGACAAACUCAUCGUCUGUCCCGAGCGCGGCGCCCAACCCCCUCACGAGGCCGCGUCAUGCUGAAGGGGAAAACCACAACACUCAGGAUCUGUUUGGUGACCUGCUGACAAUGAUUCAACCAGCCAUACCCCCCCAGAAGAGGGUGGAGCAGAAGAGGUGGGAAACAUUUGACUGAAGCCUGCGCAUAAUAAGUGUCUCACCCCCUGCUGAUUUUGUCCCGUUACCUUACAAAGAUGUGAACUUAUAAAUGGGCUGAGCACUCAAGCGCUUUGACAAUGUUAGCACUUUUACCCAAGGAUGUGCCCAAGGAUACUUCAACAUGGUCAUGGGAGGGUGGAGGAUCGAACCAGCAACCUUCGGGUUGGGAAGUCGACGCCGCCAACUAAAAGAAGUGAUGACCGCAGUGCUUGACGACAAGGCUUUUUACACCAACUACUAAACCUACUUUUAUAGCGGGAUCAAACAAACUUAUUUCCCUCAUUCAUUUAUAACCUGUGUAUCUCUAAAGCUGCCAUGCAAAAUGAUGUACUGUUCGUAUUUUUGUAAGGGUACACUUACAAAGUCAACAGGGGAUCACGUCCUUCUUUUCCCCGCAGUGUUUUUGUCUGACUGUUGCCUUUUUAUUUCAUGACUGCAUGAGGAACCUCUGAAAGAUUACAAAGCAUAUGAAGCUUUUACCCAAACUGCAGUUACAUGCAUUGAUUGUGUUUCAUGAAACGUCAUAUGACAAAGGACUCGAACCAACCCCGCACAGAAAGUCCAUGUGAAAUGUUAGCGUCAACUGAAAUGAAUUACAACGUACAUUGGAACCUCGGUUAGCAUCAUUCAUUCGUUCCAGAAGGUCUGUCUCUAACUGAAACAUACUCUAACCGAAUCAAUUAAGGAAUAAUGUGAAUCCAAGUGAUCCGUUCCAGAAAGCCAAAAAUGUUAACACAAAACUAGGGCUGUCAAAUGAUGAAAAAUUGUAAUCAAAUUAAUCACCGUUUUCAAAUGAAUCCAUCAUGAUUCGUCACCAUUUUCAGCUGUGUGAAAUAUGCCAAUUUUUACUGUAUUUCUGUACAGAAAGACACAUGACAGGACACAAUUAUACAUAUUUCUAUGUAUUAACAGCUCCAAAUGAACUGAAAAUUUAACUCAAGUUAAAAGAUACCAUCCAUCCAUCCAUUUUCUAUACCGCUUCUCCUCUUUAGGGUCGCGGGGGUAUGCUGGAGCCUAUCCCAGCUGACUUCGAGUGAGAGGCGGGGUACACCCUGGACUGGUCGCCAGCCAAUCGCAGGGCUAAAAGAUACCACAUGUCUGAAAAUCUAGUUGCCUAACACUGGUCUUAACAGUUGCAGAACAUUUGAAUCACACUUUAGCAGCUUUAUUGUCAGCCAUGACGGAUUGCGUUCAAGGACACCAGGUAAUUUAAGUUAAAAGUUUUGAGUGUAGAUCUAUUUUCUGGGAUUUCCGAGCAUACUUGGAGGCAGCAAAUUGUACUUCGGCUGUAAGAGUUACAUUAACGGGUGAUAAAAAAAAAUCCACUUACUGUUUUUGUUUCUUUCCGUUUAUUUAGACCACAAUAAAGACACGCAUAAUAAAGACGUCGUCGUGAUGUUCAGAGCGUCCCUGAACGCACCUCGCGGUCGUCUCGUGACGAUGCGGAAGUGUCGCUCCGAUCACGAGAGGUCAGGAGACGUGUUUGUGAGAGGGAGAUUCUUAUAUGGUGUUGGAAUUAACUGCUGAUGUUGCAUGUCAAUAAAAUAAAUCAGUUGCCGUCGUUAACGUGCUGUUUUUGACAGCCCUAUACAAAACACGUUUUUAUAUUAUUACAA